GCCUCGCGGGGUUCCCUGCUCCCUGCUCCCUGUUUCCUUCGGGCUCGCGGCUCAUCAUUCACUCGGUUGCUGCCCACCGCUGUGCCAGGGAGCCCAGGCUCCAGACCUCUUGUCCCGGGUACAUUUGGGGGCAAAGGAGGGCUAAACCCAGCCAAGGCGCACUGUCUUCUCUCCGCUGACCCAUCUUUUUCUCCAUGGCGUCUCGUCAACAAACCCGAAUCCAGGCUUACCUGGAGAAAAACAAGAUCGGUCCUCUCUUUGAGGAAUUAAUGACCAAGCUAAUAACUGAGACACCUGACCAGCCAAUCCCAUUUCUCAUUGACCAUCUUCAGUCUAAACAAGGGAGCCGAGGGCAACUGCAAAGAACUUUGUCUGGGUCAGCAGCUCUCUGGGCAGAAAGUGAAACAUCAGAACCCAAAGGAACAAGAAGGGAUUUCAGGAGCUAUGAUAAACCUUGGCAGUUGAAUGCAAAGAAGCCUAAAAAAUCAAAAAGCGACCUUGCUGUAUCUAAUAUUUCUCCUCCAUCACCAGACUCCAAAUCAUUGCCAAGGUCAGUAGAACAUCCUAAGUGGGACUGGCGGACUAAACCACAAAGCCGUGAUUUUGAUGAAUUGAACCACAUCCUUCAAGAGAGCAAGAAGCUGGGGAAAGCCCUUGAGAAUCUCUCUCGAAGUAUUGCAAUUUCAGAUGAACUUGAUAAGGAGACAGUGGCUUUCAAUUCUUCUCUUCUGAGACCCCGCGUGAUUGGGGAGUGGAUUGGCAGAGCGGAAAACGAUGCUGAUCCCCUGGCAGCUGAAAUGCUGCAGCCCCCGGUUCCACGGAGUAAGAACGACCCAUGGGAAAGCGAAGAGAGCGGCUCCAGCCCGGCAGGAAGCUUAAAGAUGGAGCCCAAGACCAAAGGAUUAAAACAGCAGCAGCAGCAGCAUAAGAAACUUCUGGCUGCGAUGCUUUCCCAGGAUUCCUUCGAGUCCAUCCACAGCCCCACGCCAUCCGUAAUAGAAGAAGACAUUGACAGUGAAGACGAUGCAAUGGAGUUGCUGGGUAAUUUUACAAAUUAAUCAUUUCUCUUUCUCCUCUUUUCUAGCAUUGUAAAAGUGUGCAGGAACCGAGGGGUUUGAAACAUUCUCGAUAGUUUUGUCUAAGGCAAAGGGAGCCCUUUAACAUCCACUUCCCUUCCCUUAGACCUUUAUGAAGUUGCAUGUAAGAACUAAGCUGAAGCCAUGGAAGCAUGUGAAACCCUCCUUAGACUGUACUAUGUGCUUUGUGUAUGCAGCACUCUAUACUCUGACUUCACUGAGCUUUAUUCUGUGUGCAGUUGUGAUAAAAUGCAAAUCUGUCUGUUUUAUUUUCUUGAUUAUAACCUAUUGUCUAUAAAAUACACCCUCUUCCUAACAAGCCCCUGUGAAUGUAAGGUUGCUUUAGGGAAAUAUCAUAAAACUGAAAGAUGUCAAUAGUAAAGUAGUGUUUGGUGCUUUUCAUACAUGGUAGGAAGCUUUGCAUAGAUUUCAAAAUCUUCUGAGACUCAUCACCUUCCCAAAACUUCAUUCAUGUUGUAGAUAUUGUUUUCUUCUUAUAGUUUUUUUGUGAUCCAAGUAUGUGAUCCUGUUCCAAUAGAAGUUUACAUAUAUAAAUUGUUAAUUGAAACUCAUUUUGAAAAAUCAUU